GUGAUGACGCUUCUUGAACGUUCCUAUGGAAACAGGAGGGAGACUUGACUUAAUCGCUGCUGGGCUUCUGGAAUGUUUUCUUUAACGUUACUCCCCUCGCAGAUGUGUUCCAUUUAACGCUCAGUAAAGUUAGUGGUUUGCUAAUUCAAGCAAGAAUCUGACUCACAAGGUACAACCAACAAACAGACUUCAAUGCUAAGUUGCAUGAAACGCUCUUAGUGAUUAAACUAGUGCAGGCGGGCCUCUUCUUGUAGUUACAGAGCUAGCCUGCUAAUCAGAAUGACCCAGCAAGGAGCAGCGCUGCAAACCUACAACAAUGAGCUUGUCAAGUGCAUAGAGGAACUGUGCUCUAAAAGAGAAGAUUUAAACCGGCUGAUCCAGCAGGAGGAAGCAGAGAAAAGUCGUCUGCAGCAUGAUAUCCGUGUGCUGACAGAAAAGCUGAGUCGUGUGAACGAGAGCCUGGCACGCCGCCUUGCUGCCCGCGCUGACUUUGACCGCACCAUCGCGGAGACAGAGGCAGCAUACAUGAAGAUUCUUGAAAGCUCUCAGACACUUUUGAGUGUUUUAAAGAAGGAAACAGGGAAUCUGACCAAAGCCACUGAACCAAGAAGCAGCAAAGAUCAUUGAUUAAUGUUGAAUAUUUCUAUUUGUGUGUGUGUGUGUAUACAUUCCAUUGUUAUCCUCUCUAACUUCUUCUCUUUUAUCUUUACCAGCCUUCCCUUUUGUAAUCAACAUAUAAAUUCAGAAUAUAACUUCUCAUUCCUAUUUGGAAGUUCUGUAUCUGAUGUAUAGGUUAUAAAUUGUUUUGAUAUAGCUUGGUGUCUGGUGUAAUGUUUUAAUAAAGAUAUAUUGUGAAUUUUUGAUGUUUUUAAAGGGAAUUUCUUUAUGUAAAGAUUAGCCUUCUAAGAUAAACUGUGAACACUUCAUAGCCUUCAUUCGUUUAUUGAACAUUUCCUUGUUUUUUGACAUUUUCUCCCCUCAAAUUCAUCAAAACAAAAUUGUACAUUUAAUAUUCUCUUGAUGAAUAAAACAAAAAGGAUGAAGAAACGUUUUGACAUAAACUAUAUUAACCACCAGAGCAAUGAGCAGCUUGACUAGAGUUACAGGAACUAAUGAAGCACUUGAAGUGGCAUUACAUUUUGUAAGACACAAAAACAAUAGUUCCCAACACUCUGAACAUCUAAUAUACAUCCCUUAAGAAUAUUUAAUGUUUGCAAAGAACAUCUGGAGGAUCUGUUAUAGACUGGAA